CGCGAGGAGGCGGCGGCGGAGGCGCGGCGAGCGUUGGUGGAGGGGCCGGCUCUGCGCGGCCCCAAGACAUGGCUCACAACAAGAUCCCGCCGCGGUGGCUGAACUGUCCGCGGCGCGGCCAGCCGGUGGCAGGAAGAUUCUUACCUCUGAAGACAAUGUUAGGACCAAGGUACGAUAGUCAAGUUGCUGAAGAAAAUCGGUUCCAUCCCAGUAUGCUCUCAAAUUAUCUCAAGAGUCUGAAGGUUAAAAUGGGCUUGUUGGUGGAUCUGACAAAUACUUCAAGGUUCUACGACAGAAAUGACAUAGAAAAAGAAGGAAUCAAAUAUAUAAAACUUCAGUGUAAAGGACAUGGUGAGUGCCCCACAACUGAGAAUACGGAGACAUUUAUUCGUCUAUGUGAGCGGUUUAAUGAAAGAAACCCACCUGAACUUAUAGGUGUUCACUGUACCCAUGGUUUCAAUCGCACUGGUUUCCUCAUAUGUGCCUUUUUGGUGGAGAAAAUGGAUUGGAGUAUUGAAGCAGCAGUUGCUACUUUUGCUCAAGCCAGACCACCAGGAAUUUAUAAGGGUGAUUAUUUGAAAGAACUUUUUCGUCGCUAUGGUGAUAUAGAGGAAGCACCACCCCCACCUCUAUUGCCAGAUUGGUGUUUUGAGGAUGAUGAAGAUGAAGAUGAGGAUGAGGAUGGAAGAAAGGAAUCAGAACCUGGGUCAAGUGCCUCCUUUGGCAAAAGGAGAAAAGAACGGUUAAAACUGGGUGCUAUUUUCUUGGAAGGUAUAACUGUUAAAGGUGUAACUCAAGUGACAACUCAACCGAAGUUAGCAGAAGUACAGCAGAAGUGUCAUCAAUUCUGUGGCUGGGAAGGGUCUGGAUUCCCUGGAGCACAGCCUGUUUCCAUGGACAAGCAAAAUAUUAAACUUUUGGAGCAGAAGCCAUAUAAAGUAAGCUGGAAAGCAGAUGGUACCCGGUAUAUGAUGUUGAUUGAUGGCACAAAUGAAGUUUUUAUGGUUGAUAGAGAUAAUUCAGUAUUUCAUGUUUCAAAUCUGGAAUUUCCAUUUCGUAAAGAUCUCCGUAUACAUUUAUCAAAUACUCUCUUGGAUGGGGAAAUGAUUAUUGACAGAGUAAAUGGACAAGCCGUUCCUCGAUAUUUGAUUUAUGACAUAAUUAAAUUCAAUGCACAACCAGUUGGAGAUUGUGAUUUUAAUAUUCGUCUGCAGUGUAUAGAACGAGAAAUAAUAAAUCCUCGUCAUGAAAAAAUGAAGACUGGGCUCAUUGACAAAACACAGGAACCAUUUAGUGUCAGAAAUAAGCCAUUUUUUGACAUUUAUACUUCAAGAAAGAAAUAUAAACCUGGUCGGUGUGAUGAUAUUUUGAAAUGGAAACCUCCCAGUCUGAAUUCUGUGGAUUUUCGCCUAAAGAUAACAAGAAUGGGAGGAGAAGGGUUGCUUCCUCAGAAUGUUGGCCUUCUCUAUGUUGGAGGUUAUGAAAGACCCUUUGCACAAAUCAAGGUGACAAAAGAGCUAAAACAGUAUGACAACAAAAUUAUAGAAUGCAAAUUUGAGAACAACAGCUGGGUCUUCAUGAGACAGAGAACAGACAAAAGUUUUCCUAAUGCCUACAACACUGCCAUGGCUGUGUGCAACAGCAUCUCAAACCCUGUCACCAAGGAGAUGCUAUUUGAGUUCAUCGACAGAUGUGCAGCAGCUUCUCAAGGACAGAAACGAAAGCAUCAUCUGGACCCUGACACGGAGCUCAUGCCUCCACCGCCUCCCAAAAGACCGCGCCCUUUGACCUAAGACCAGCCUCUGACUUUAGGAUUGAAAGAUGAGUGAGAACAAAAAUGCUGUUGCCCCAUUUGCAGCCAGAGAAAUUCAAAAAAGAAUGUGGCUUCAUGUUGAUACACAUUUGAAUUUUUUUUUUUUUAAAGAAAAGUAUUGUAGCCAGCCUGUACAUAUUUGAUGCAUUUGUUUCCUUCGUGCUACAGUACAUCAUGGACUUAAACAUUUUAUUUAUAUCUGAUAAACUCAGCCUUACCUUGUGGAAUCUGAAGAUUGAAAUAUCCAAAGGUUUAAACAAGAUUGAAAUCAAUGAAAAAGAGGCCUUGUUUAUAUAUGGAUACCAUCUACUUUUAAUUUAUAAAGUUAGCAAUCUGGAACUGACAGCGCAUAGAACACUGUAUUUUUUAGAAAUUGUAUUUCAGCUAUGUUAAAAUUUCCUUUGAAACCAUUUAGACAGUGGCAUUAAACAUUCUUCUUGUCGUUCAUCAUGGAUUUCCUACAUUUCUGAGAUUCUUAUAUUCAAAAACAGAUGACAAGGUUGUUAAGUAUUGUACUAUAUUAAACAACUUGGUCUGGCUUUAUCAUUUUAAGAAGGUUUUUUUUUUGAAAUGUAAAAGUAAAAGAGUAAAGCUCCAUUUUUGUGAAUUACAUCCUUUCUAAUGGAAAUAUUUUGAGUAUUUUCAUCUGCGUCUGUUGUUUGAACUACAAUAUCAGAUCUCCAGUGUGCCCCUGGUGGCGGUGGUUUUGAGCCACUUCCCAGAACUCAGAUGUCCACCACCAGGGCCCUUACUUACUGUUUCCUGGGAAACUUCUUGUUGUUGUUGUUGUUUUUCAUGGCAGGACUACUGCUUUACCUCAGUGGUAUCAGCACCUUGUAAAUUACAUUAAAACACACAACUCACUGUGAUUAUGGGAGUGACAUCAAACACAAGCAAUGCUGUGUUAGUUCCCUCGAACAAAACGGCCAAGGACAUGCCAGCUGACCCCUUUGAUUAGAAGGUAAUGUCAAUGGAAUAGAAUGCUGCCCCUGGGAAAGGCUCUCCCACUGCUACCUAAAUUGAGAGGCAAAGAGUAGACAUCUGUAGGAACUAAACAUCAAGAAAGCCAAGACAUUUAUUUUCAAAGCCAGAAUUCUAUCUAUAGUUUAUUCUGGGAAUGCUAUUUCUGUUGUAUGUCUGAAUUUUAAAACGUUUACUGAUAGGUAAUGGAUUUAAAGAGCAGCUGAUUGGUCAUCUGCCAUUGUUGAGAAAUUGUGUUCUGAUUGGUUUGUGAAGGAAUCUGAGAAUUAGCCGAUUAAGAGGCUAAUGUAUUUAUUUUUAGAGGUACAAGUUUUAAGUAUGUGUAUUUAAAACAAAUUUUCAUGAUCUGAAUUUUAUAUAUGUCUAUGCAUAUAUAUGUGAGUAUAUGCAACAGUAUAUAUUCUUCUACUAACGUACUCAGACAUGAAAAUCUAAACAACUUACCUAGUAGACUGAAUAUCGGACAGGAUUUCUAUAUGUUAUAGCACAGGUUAACCAAAAAUGUAUUUAUAUUCAUCUGAGUUUUAAUGUUUUUAAACAAACUUUUCUCUUGCAGUGCUUUUCUAUAUGAAAUGCUAGAGUCAUGCUUGGCCUUUUUUCUUUGUUGUCCCCAAGUUCUGUAAUGUAUAGUGAAUUUAUCCAAAAUGCCAUUUUAGUGUUUCUUUCCUAGAGUGUUUCUGUGCAUUUGGGUGCUAAAGGGAAUAAAACACGUGACCACCACAAUGACCGCAGAAAGAUGGAAAUUUGUUAAAGUUCCAUAGUGUCUUGUACAAAGUGGAUCUAAAAAAAGCCUAUGCAACUCUGACGUCUACUUCACCUGGAUUAGUUACUCUUUUCAUACAGUAUGCUGUUUUCUCCUGAGUCUGUGUAAAUGCAGGGCUCUUUUGUGGGUAUAAGAGCAAGCUUUUGCCAGUGAUCUUUAAUGGAGCUAAAAUGUUUAUGGUAAUUGUAACCUUUUAAAUGAGUUAUGUGAAAAGAUCAUCUCAUUUUUAAUACACCCAGAUAUUUUCUCCAUACCUGUGUGCAUUUUCCAGCAGUUAAUUUUUCUUUUCCUUUCAGUUAUCGUAAAGUAUAAUAGUUGGCUUUAUAAGUAGACCCCAUUUAGUCCCUGAACACACUACCAUCUGCAGUAUCAUAAAAAGUCAUCUAGAAAGUCGGGGGAGGGGAAAAUCUAGAGGCAGGAUUUGGAAUAUCAGGAAGGAAACACUUCCCUUCUUAGCCCACUUCACAAUAACUGGUUUUUGACCCUGAUGUUUUGUUGGCAAGAAUAAGAAAACUUUUCUGAGUUAUCACAUAUAAAAGCUUUUGCAUUGUGUUUGAAAAGGAUGUGGACGACUCGACUGUCUGGAUGGUUAUAUUUGCUUUCCGUGAAAUGCUCAGAAAAUGUCAGGACAUUCCUUCUCUA